CGUAACAGACAGGGGUUCCCCUCCGCUAUCUGACAAUGAAACGAUGACUUUAGAACUACUAGACGUUAACGACAACGUUCCACAGUUCCCCCAGUCGUUCUACACUAUGCCCGUUAUGGAGAAUAACGCGCCUGGGGCCUUGCUAAGUUCCCUCACCGCGUUUGAUCCAGACCUCCAUGAAAACCAGUAUCUAGUUUAUUUCAUCAUAGAGAAGGAGAUAGUGAACACCUCCAUUUCCAUGCUGUUCUCCAUCAAUCCGGAGAACGGUAAUCUUUACGCACUAAAGACGUUUGACUAUGAGAUAGAGAAAGAGUUCCUUUUCCACAUUGAGGCCAGAGACUCUGGUGUUCCUCCGCUCAGCAGUAAUGUGACUGUCCACAUCAUUAUUGUUGAUCAGAAUGACAACACCCCUGUCAUAGUCUCUCCGUGGCGCGUGCACGGCUCCGUGGUGGAGGAAAAGAUUCCCAGAUCCACCGAUAAAGGAUCCCUGGUCUCCAAGGUGAUAGCCAUAGACACGGACUCGGUCCAGAACUCUCGGAUUACAUACCAGUUUCUACAGGUUACUGACGCCACCUUAUUCAGUCUGGACCAAUACAAUGGAGAUAUCCGGACCAUGAGAAUGUUCAGUUACAGAGAUCCGCGUCAUCAACGGCUGGUUGUCAUCGCCAAGGACAACGGAGAACCUGCUCUGUCUGCUACAGUUACCAUCAAGCUGUCAACAGUGGAGACUGCCGUUAAAGCCUACUCUGACAUGACUGAAGUGCCUCUAGAAUAUGACAUAUUUUCAGACUUAAACCUGUAUUUGGUGAUCGGCUUGGGCUCGGUGUCCUUUCUGUUAUUGAUCACCAUAUUGGUCACCUGUGUGCUGAAGUGUCAGAAACCGAUGCCCAGCAAAGCGGCUCCUCCUAGUAGGAACAGCGUGAUCAGCGAGAGGAACUCGACCAUCGCAGAUUCCACUCUGGUCUCCAACGAUGCCUACUGGUACAGUAUGUUUCUAGCAGAGACCAGGAAAGGAAAGCUGGUAGUCAGACAGCCUGUGCCAAAGGCGGGCUCCAGAUACAUUGUGUCCAGUUUACCAAGGAGCACCGGCCUGACAGAGACCAGCGACUCAGCAGCCUCUACUCUGCAGGGGUCCACCACCACCGGCAGCGGCAGCAGUUCCUCAUAAGGCCCCAUCCCCAUUGGUCCACCAGAUUUACAUCAGAAGGAACCCCGCGUCCACUGAUGAAAGGAACCCCCGUCCUUACCCUACUCAGCCCC